CUUCAUCUUCUUUCUCGUUCAACAACUCGUUCCAGGCUUCUAAAAAAUUUCAGCCUUCAAUCCCUUCCUCCAUCUUCUUCUAAUCUUCCACCCACCCUUUCUUCCCACCCUUUCUUCUUUCUUCUGCCACCAGUAGGUCGUCGUCGGCAACGCAGUGUCCGAGCGAAACUUAGGACGCCGGAGAUGCUCAAGUUCCCAUUACGCACACUACACCAAAACUGGAUAUUUUUGACACUUUUACUUUUUCAAAUUUGACUAAUAAAAACAGUCAAUUCGUUUUUUACUCAAAAAAUCAGUCGAAGUGCUCCUACUUUUCAUUAGAGUUGUAGCUAAAAGUAGCGCUCUUUUUUCGACGCCAAAUUGAAGUCAAUCUAAGGCAAAAAUUCACAUAUCUGCACGCGGCAAAUGAAAAACAAAGUCCCGCUCAGGCUCUCACAAAUCUGCUCGCGGCGAAUUUCACUAAAUUUUUGAUAACCCUAAAGUUAUGGUGUUACAACAAGGGGUAAAACAAAAAUCAGAUCUCUGCGAGCUGCUAAAAUUCAGUUCAUCCGUGCAAAUACAGACCGAGACGAGAAAGACGAGCGGAAUAUAACUGAACCAAAGGCGGAGCUAGAGGCUGUGUCCGGGACCUUUUACUUCCUAUCCUGUCAUACUCGUGCUGCAGCGCUAUUCCUCUCGAGCUUUGUCUUGCCAGUGAUCUCAUAUCUGAGUACGAGAAACGAGAACAACGAGGGGUAUAAUUCAGCCAGGAAAUACCAAGCAUAUCUUCGAGAACAAAAGUCUAGUGGGAAACGGCUGAAAGGGACACAAUUGAAGAUAAAGACCAUGAACUACAUCCCUUGGUUAAGACAACAACUUGAGAAGGAAGAAAUGACUCAUUUUAAGAGGCUUGCUAAUGGACCAGAUUCUGAUGCUUUAGCAUAUAAAGCAUAUGCAGUAAAUGGUUAUAUUUUUUACACAGCGGAUGCAGAAGCUAAUUCAAGUACACAAAAUAGCGGGGUUUCCGUGAAUGCUGUUACGAGUUUUAGAUCAAGUGCUAAAGAUAAGAAUCUGGUAGAUGAAGAAGUUACUUAUUAUGGCAUUGUCAAGGAAAUACUUGAGCUAAAUUAUUACGAUUUUAGACAAACUGUCUUCUAUUGUGAUUGGGUGCGUAUAGAAGACAAAGUAAAUGGAUGUGUGGUGGAUCCCGAAUCAAACUUGAUUUUCGUAAACUUUGCAAGGUUCAGAAGAAAUUCAAGUGAAGAUGAUGAACCAUUUAUACAUGCUUCAGAAGCAACUCAAGUUUUCUAUUGCAAGGAUGAAACAAGGGAUGCAUGGCACUUGGUUCUAGAAUCUCCAAAAAGAUUAAGUCAUCAUGUGGAUGCUUAUCAAGAUCCUUUUAUUUUUACAGAAACAACAUGCAACAAUUCAUUGACCAACCUAAUUCUUGCUGAAAAUUCUGGACCUGAUAAUGAUUAGCAUAUACUUUUCUACGUUUAGAAAUACUAUCUAUGUAUUUAUUUUGUUUCAAAUCACUAUGUGAUUUAUUACGUUAUACCUUUUAUAGUUUAACAUUUUAGGUGGUGAAAAUCAAUCCGUGGAUGAUCAGCCUGUUGGUCUUAUUCAAUGAAUUUUGGCAGCCUGUUGGUCUUGGAGCUGAGAAAUUUUUAAUUGUAGUUGGAAAGUUUGCACAGGUCUUGGAUAGGAGGUUCAUGAUACUUUUCAGGGAUGUGAAUCUGGCCUAGCAAGCAAAUGUUUUUAAAUGAACUUGACUUGAGAAAGGGUCAGUUUUUUUGGACACUUAGAUGCGGGAGUUUCACCGGAUGAAGAAGCCUAUAGUAGCAUUAUUGAUGGGAUCGUUGUUGGUGAACUCAUCAGUUUGUCAAAAAAGAUUGUUCACCUUACGAGGAUCAACUAAUUUCAUUGCUAUUAUAUUGUAGUUCAUCUUUUAGUUUGUUAAUUAGUAACUACAGUUUACUCUACUUUAGUUUCUAUUAUAUUGUAUUUCAUCUUUUAGUUUGUUAAUCAGUAACUACAGUUUACUCUACUUUAGUUCCUUGUAAAUGUUAGAAAUUUGACCAUGUGUGUCAAUGACUCAAUGGUUACUUAAUGUUAAACAAAUUUUAGACAUGGGCCCAUUUUAAAUGAGUU